AUGGUAGACGGCGAUCCAGGUUCACCCACCUGGAAGUUCACACAGUGCUUCGGCGACAAAGGCGAUGUAGAGGACAUAACAGAAGCUGAUAUCAUCUCCACCGUCGAGUUCGACCACACCGGCAACUAUCUCGCUACCGGAGACAAAGGCGGCCGAGUCGUCCUGUUCGAGAGAAACGAGACGAAAAAAACAUGCGAGUACAAGUUCCAUACAGAGUUCCAAUCCCACGAGCCCGAGUUCGACUAUCUCAAAUCCCUAGAGAUCGAGGAAAAGAUCAACAAGAUAAAAUGGUGUAGACGGCAGAAUGCAUCGCAUUAUCUCCUAUCUACAAACGACAAGACGAUAAAACUAUGGAAGGUCUUCGACAAGUCGCUCAAGGUGGUGGCGGAGAACAACCUGUCCCGCGACCUCACCCCGGCCGGCGUCGUCAGCGGCGGUGGCAUCGCUCGCCCUCCCCGCGUCUCUUUUAAGGACUCGUCCGCUCUCAAGCUCCCUCGAAUGACGCACCAUGAGACCGUCGUCGCAGCCGUGCCUAGACGGAUAUAUGCAAACGCCCAUGCGUACCAUAUCAACAGCAUAUCAGUCAACAGCGAUGGAGAGACCUUUAUCAGCAGUGAUGACCUGCGCAUCAACCUGUGGAAUCUCAACAUCCAGGACCAGAGCUUUAAUAUUGUCGACAUCAAGCCUGCCAACAUGGAGGAAUUGACCGAAGUCAUCACCGCUGCGGAGUUCCACCCCACCAGCUGUAACUGGUUCAUGUACGCAAGCUCAAAGGGCACCAUUAAGCUUGCCGACAUGCGACAGCGGGCUCUAUGUGACGAACAUCAAAAACAAUUCGAACAAGAAGAAGACGUCACCUCGCGCUCGUUCUUCUCCGAAAUCAUCUCCUCCAUCUCCGAUGUUCGCUUCUCCCAUGACGGCCGCUACAUUCUCUCCCGUGACUACCUUACCGUCAAAAUCUGGGAUGUCAACAUGGAGCGUCAGCCCGUAAAGACUAUCCCCAUCCACGAACAUCUCCGCCCACGCCUCUGCGACACCUACGAGAACGACAGCAUCUUCGAUAAAUUUGAAGUCGUCUUCUCUGGUGACGCCCAAAACGUCAUGACGGGAAGCUAUAACAAUAACUUUAUGAUCUACCCAACUGACCCCACUAGGGAAACAGAGGUCGUACUGCAGGCGGAUAAGACGGCCUUCAAGGCUAAGAAGGUCGGCGUCCCGACGCCAAUCAACUCUACGGCUUCCACUAACGCUGGAAAGAAGAACGGCUCGAGAUCUGGCAGCCCGUCCGGCGCUGGGGGACGGAUGAGGAAAGAGACGGAUGCUGACCAGAUUGAUUUCAACAAGAAGAUCCUGCACAUGAGCUGGCAUCCGUUUGAAGACAGCAUUGCCAUUGCUGCCACUAAUAAUCUCUUUGUGUUCUCCGCACUAUGA